AUGACUGAAUCUGACUCUGGUGACGGCCAUUUUGACUUUACUUCUUCAAUCAAGGGAGCGGCCGUGGAGAUUGACAAUGACCAAGCCAAAGCAACCUACGAUAUCGUUAAGGUCGAGCACAAGCCAGCAAUCCCAACCCCUUUCCUGUCGACUGCCCUUGGCGCUGUCAGCCUCGCAAAUAGCGCUGUCUAUGUCGGCUCGUUGAUCGCAAACGUUGUGUCGGCCAGAAAGAAAGGGCAAGAAAAUCUGUUGCCAGCAGCCUUGUUUACCGCUGCACAAGUAUUCGAUCACUUCUCGAUCAUCAGCGAAGGACUCUGGCGUCUCACUGUCAGCGUCAUCCGUAACCCAGAACCACGCCCAGCCCUUCGAGUUCUUGGUGACAACGUUCCGGGGGUUGAUCUCUUCAUUGUAGCCUGUGGAGAACCAACAGAUAUCGUGCUUGACACGGUCAAAGCUGCCUGUCAAAUCGACUAUCCCGUUGAGAGCCUGCGCGUCAUUGUGGCCGACGACGGUGACGAUGAAUUGCUCAAGAAGGAGGCCAACGAGCUUCGCAACAAACACCCCAAUCUGCAUUACUAUGCUCGUCACAAGCCAUAUGGCAUUCACCAUGGAUAUAAGUCUGGUAAUCUCAACACUGCCAUGAGAUAUGUCGAUACUCUCUUCGGUGGUCAAAGUGAAUUCCUUUCUGUGCUGGACGCAGACAUGAUUCCCGAGCCUUACAUGCUUCGUGCGUUGAUUCCUCAUGCCUUAAAAGCCGAAAACAUUGGUAUGGUCACCGGAGCGCAGCACUAUUACAACAUUCCCGACAAUGAUCCCCUUUACCAAUCCAAUGUCACGGGCACCGAGGCGGAUGACGGGGUUAGAGACAGUGUCGGUGCAGCAUGGUGUCCAGGCAGUGGAUUCAUUUUGAGGAAUGCUGCAUGGAAGUCAAUCGGAGGAUUCCCAGAAUUCACCAUCACCGAAGAUCUCAUGACAAGUUGGUUCUUGCACGGACAUGGCUGGCAGAUUGUGUUGCUUCAUGAAAAGCUGCAAUGGGGUAUUCAACCGGAUUGCUUCCUCACUCAUAUGAAACAACGACGUCGAUGGUGGAUCGGACACGUUCGUGACGCCAUCCACACCAACUUCUCCCUCAAUGACCAGCGACUCGAACAAGCAACCACGAUACAACGUGUGGCCAUGUUUCAUCAUUGCUGUCGUCCAUACUUCAACACCGUAUUCAAGUUGUUGUGCUGGAUGCUCAUUGCACUGAGUCUGGUGUUGGGAGGUCCUGUCAUUGCUACUCCAGAGCCACACACGCUUCGUAACAUGGUUUUCUGCGUUGUUGUUCAUCGUGUCCAGGCCAGAGUCUCCGAAUUAAGAGCGGCCGGGCACAUCAGUCUGUGGAACCAGCGACGACAACAAGCAACUAACACCUGGAUGGGACUUCACUUCGCACGUGACGUUCUUCAAAGUCUUCUGCCAAAAUGGACUGGUGGUGGUCUUCGUCUCGGUUUCGACGUGAGUGGACUUGAGGCGGCGCCUGUCAAAGAACGGGAUAUCCAGAAGCGUCCUCCCGUUCUCAAACGAAUUGUCCUCCUCCACCAACGGGAAGGAAUCCUUUGGCACAUGGCUUUCUUCGUCAUCAUGGUGCUCUUCGUCAUCCGUGGAAUUCGCACUCAGAUCAAGAUGUCGACCACGAACGGUCGUCUUGUCAUCGACCAGCUCUUUUGGUUCCGAUUCUUUUCUUCCGUCGGCUUUCCCGGUCUAUCCAUGAUCGAGACGGUACCCUUGUUUCUCACGCCGGUUGUGUAUGCAAUCUUCCCGCCAACUAUGCCUUCUCGACGGGAUCGAAUGGUUUUUGAUGAACAGACUGGUCUCUGGCGUCCAAAUCCGAAGUCUAGAGAUCUCAUAUGGACAAGUGAAAACUUCUGGCUUGAGAUCCCUCAUUGCAUGGGGACACUGUGGCUGGUGUUUACGUACUUGAUCGUCCGACGUCUCGAGAUUGAGAAGUACCAAAAGUGA